AUGUGUAAUCCAAACCCUUCUGUUAAUUCGACGACAACCCAGAAACCAGGAGAGCAGCUUCAUCAACAGCCGCAGCCGCAUCUUUAUUUAGACCUCUUCUUAUCUCUACCGAAAGAUGAAAGAAACGAACCGCCAAAGCUUGUAGUAAAGCAACUACAACCGCAGCCGCAGCCACCACAAAUUUCCGUCAUUGAAGUCGUCAAAGAAACCAAGUCACUCUUCAACCUCGCCUUCCCCAUGCUCAUCACAGGCCUCAUUCUCUACUCCCGCUCCAUCCUCUCCAUGCUCUUCCUCGGCCGCCUCGGCGACUUAGAGCUCGCCGCGGGGUCACUAGCCAUAGCCUUUGCAAACAUCACAGGCUACUCCGUACUCUCCGGCCUAGCCUUGGGUAUGGAGCCGCUUUGUUCCCAAGCCUUCGGAGCUCGACGUCCGAAGCUUCUGUCAGUGACCCUCCACCGCUGCGUAAUCUUCCUUGUAGUUUGCUCCCUCCCCAUUUCGUUCCUUUGGUACAACAUAUCGACCAUUCUGUUAUAUGUCCACCAAGACCCGAAAAUUACCUCAAUGGCUCACACUUAUCUCAUGUUCUCCCUCCCUGACCUUUUCACCAACUCUCUCACUCAUCCAAUCCGCAUUUACCUUCGCGCUCAGGGCAUCACCCACCCGUUAACUCUCGCCUCCCUCGCCGGAACAUGCCUUCAUCUGCCUAUGAAUUUUUUGUUAGUGACUAAACUUCAGCUGGGAGUCACCGGCGUCGCGGCAGCUUCCGCGGCGUCGAAUUUCUUCGUGCUGGUGUGUCUCGUGAUGUAUAUUUGGGCAAGAGGGCUGCACGUGCCCACGUGGACGGCGCCGAGCCGGGAGUGUUUGACCGGCUGGGCGCCGCUGCUGCGGCUGGCAGCGCCGAGCUGCGUGUCCGUGUGUUUGGAAUGGUGGUGGUACGAGAUCAUGAUCGUCUUGUGUGGCCUUCUGGUGGACCCCAAAGCAACCGUCGCCUCGAUGGGCGUGCUUAUCCAAACGACGUCGUUCAUCUACGUCUUCCCGUCUUCUCUCGGGUUCGCGGUCUCGACGCGGGUCGGGAACGAGCUCGGGGGGAACCGGCCUUACAGAGCCAAGCUAUCCGCUGUGGUCGCGGUAGCGCUCGCCUUCGUCAUGGGCCUAUCCGCCGCGGCCUUCGCGUCCGGAAUGAGAGGCGUGUGGGGCCGCAUGUUCACAAAUGACCCUGAGAUCAUACGGCUGACGUCGCUCGCGCUUCCGAUCCUAGGGCUGUGCGAGCUCGGCAACUGUCCCCAGACAGUCGCGUGUGGGGUACUCAGAGGCAGCGCGCGUCCGACUACUGCAGCGAACGUGAACCUCGGCGCGUUUUAUCUGGUGGGCAUGCCCGUGGCGGUUGGGCUCGGGUUCUGGCUCCGCGUCGGGUUUAACGGGCUGUGGAUCGGGUUGCUGUCGGCCCAGAUAUGCUGUGCGGGGCUGAUGUUGUAUGUUGUGGGGACCACGGACUGGGAUUUGCAGGCGAAGAGGGCUCAGGCGCUAUCGUGUGCCGGGUGUGAGGUGAUACUACCUCCUCCAACUAGUAGUUGUGAUUCGAAAGGUGAAGAAGCAGUGCAGCCAUUGAUCAUCGUUACGGUGCCUUCUUCCAGAUAA